AUGGACUCCAGACAGUAUGUCCGGGAUCUCAAGCAUGGUCCCUCGCUCUCCUACCACGAUGAGGUGCACGCCUACACCAGAGAGUAUGCCGAGGCACUCGAUUCCCAAGAUCCGCUGCGACACUUCCGGGACGAGUUUAUCAUUCCGACCAAAAAGGACCUGAAGCGGAAGGUGUUGGCUGGGGAUGAAGGCGAGGACGAAUCUUCAGCUCCAAUAUGCAUCUACUUCUGCGGCAACUCCCUCGGAGUCCAGCCGCGCAGUAUCCAGCGGUAUAUCGAGCGAUAUCUGCGUACCUGGGCGACGAAAGGCGUGACGGGUCAUUUCAUGCCGCAUGAGGAUCAGCUCCUGCCUCCAUUUGUCGAUGUUGACACCGCGGGAGCGAAACUGAUGGCGCCCGUUGUUGGUGCUUUGCAGAGCGAAGUUGCCGUCAUGGGGACCCUGACUGGUAAUUUGCACUUGCUGAUGGCGAGUUUUUACCGCCCAACCAAGGAGAAAUAUAGAAUUAUUCUGGAGGGGAAGGCGUUUCCUAGCGAUCAUUAUGCGGUCGAAUCUCAAAUCCGCCAUCACAAUUUUACCCCGGAUGAUGCCAUGGUCCUCAUCGAGCCAGAAAACACAGAUUAUCCCAUUCUGACAACGGAACAAAUUCUCAAAGUCAUUGAUGACAAUGCCUCCAGUACUGCGCUGAUUCUUCUCUCGGCCAUCCAAUUCUACACCGGACAGUACUUUGAUAUUGAACAUAUUACCGCUCACGCCCACUCCAAAGGCAUAUUGAUCGGCUGGGACUGUGCUCAUGCCGCGGGGAACGUGGAUCUGCGGCUACAUGACUGGAACGUAGAUUUUGCGGCGUGGUGCAGCUACAAAUAUCUUAACAGUGGACCUGGUGGCAUGGCGGCAAUGUUUGUUCACGAGCGACACGGCCGUGUGGACGAGAAGCAGGCUGAUAGCGACGAACCGUUUCGUCCUCGAUUCACUGGCUGGUGGGGUCAUGAUAGCAAGACGCGGUUCAAUAUGGACAACAAAUUCAUUCCCCAGCCCGGCGCCGCAGGCUUCCAACUAUCGAAUCCUUCGGUCCUGGACAUGAACGCCGUAAUUGCCUCCCUUGAAAUCUUUGACCGAGCGUCCAUGGCUGCAAUCCGCCAGAAAUCGCUCCGUCUCACUGGCUACCUGGAGCACUUGCUUCUCAGGUACCCGCACGACGCACCCGCGGAAGACAAGCCGUUCACUCUCAUCACACCAUCCAAUCCACACGAACGAGGCGCGCAACUGAGUCUACGCCUUCAGCCCGGUCUGCUGGAUUCGGUGCUGAGUCAUUUGGAGCAGAAUGGUGUGGUGAUCGACGAAAGAAAGCCGGAUGUUGUCCGUGUCGCGCCCACAGCCCUGUACAAUACAUACACCGAGGUGUGGGAGUUCUGUCAGAUCUUCCUGGAGGCAUGUAGAUUGGCAGUCCGGUCUCGGGGUGUUUGA